GGGAAAAACUCAGGUGUACGAGUGGUUUGGUCGAUUUAAAAAUGGCGACAUGUCGAUGGAUGACAAACCUCGCUCUGGACGUCCAUCAAAUGUUGAAAAAAUUCGACAUCUUGUGCUUGCAGAUCGUCGACUGACAAUAUAUCAACUAUCGGUAAGUAGUGAGUUGUCCUGGAGUUCGUUUGUUCCUCGGGCUCUGACUGACAAUCAAAAAGAACGCCGAGUUGAAACAUGGCGUGCUUUAAAACAACAGCUUAAAUCUGAUCCAAAUUUUCUGUCAAAGAUCGUCACUGAUGAUGAGACUUGGUGCUACGGUUAUGACCCAGAAACGAAGCAACAGUCAAGUCAAUGGAAGACGCCAUCGUCACUCCGUCCAAAAAUGUCGUCAAGUCAAAUCAAACAUCGAAAUAACGCUGAUUUAUUUUUUUGAUGUCAAAGGUGUAGU